UCCGAGCGGGUCUGCUGUGGACAUGGCUGCUCGCUGCACCCAGGCGGUGCUGGCCGCCUUGGGGGUGCUCAGUGUCUGUUCGGCCAGCAGCUCCGGAUCCGCGGCUUCGGGGGAGGCGGGUGGGAAGGCAGAGAGGGAGGAGCCGUGGGAUGGCGCGGUUUUUCGGCCGCCGGCUGCCCUAGGCGCCGUGGGGAUUGCGCGCGGGGCGGGGUCCCCACCGUCGGGAAACACGGAGACGGUGGACCUACCAGUGUUGCUGUGGUGGAGCCCAGGUCUGUUUCCGCACUUCCCAGGUGACUCGGAGCGGAUAGAGUGUGCGCACGGCGCGUGCGUGGCGUCCCGGGAUCGACGGGCGCGCGCCGACCCGCGGACGCGCGCAUUGCUCUUUUACGGCACGGACUUCCGCGCAGCUGACGCGCCCCUGCCGCGCCUGCCGCACCAGAGUUGGGCGCUCCUGCACGAGGAGUCGCCGCUCAACAACUUCCUGCUGAGCCACGGCCCGGGCAUCCGCCUCUUCAAUCUCACGGCCACCUUCAGCCGCCACUCGGACUAUCCCCUGCCGCUGCAAUGGCUGCCCGGGGCCGCCUAUUUGCGCCGGCCUGCGCCUCCGCUCCGGGAGCGCGCAGAGUGGCGUCGCCGCGGGUACGCGCCGUUGCUCUACUUGCAGUCCCAUUGCGACGUGCCUUCCGACCGGGACCGCUACGUACGCGAACUCAUGCGCUACAUCCCGGUGGAUUCCUAUGGCAAGUGCCUGCAGAACCGCGAGCCGCCCACGAUGCGGUUACAGGACACAGCUACGGCCACCACCGAGGAUCCAGAACUCAUGGCCUUUUUGUCCCGCUAUAAGUUCCACUUGGCCCUGGAAAAUGCCAUCUGCAAUGAUUACAUGACAGAAAAAUUGUGGCGCCCCAUGCAUCUAGGUGCUGUGCCUGUGUAUCGUGGAUCACCCUCUGUGAGGGACUGGAUGCCCAAUAAUCAUUCCAUCAUCCUAAUUGAUGACUUUGAGUCCCCUCAAAAGUUGGCAGAGUUUAUUGACUUUCUGGACAAAAAUGAUGAGGAGUAUAUGAAAUACCUGACAUACAAGCAGCCUGGAGGCAUCACCAACCAGUUUCUUCUGGAUAACCUGGAGCACAGGGAGUGGGGAGUGAAUGAUCCUAUGUUGCCUAACUACCUCAAUGGCUUUGAGUGUUUCGUCUGUGACCAUGAACUGGCUCGGCUGGAUGCCGAGAAAGCACAUGCAUCCUCUCCUGGGGACAUUCCUGUCCCCGAGCCUCACAUUGCCCAGUCGUCGCACAUGAACUGUCCAGUGCCUACCCCUGGCUUUGGGAAAGCCGAAGAGAUUCCUGAGAACGACAGAGCUGAGGACCGAAACCAGGGACUUGCGCUUGCUAGGCUAGUGCUCUACCACUGAGCUAAAUCCCCAACCCCAUAACUGAAGGUCUUAUAAAAAGAAAGAAAUUCGCUACAGGAUUUCUCUUUGUAGUCCUGGCAGUCCUGGAAACCAGGCUAGCCUCGAACUCCCAGAGAUCCGCCUGCCUCUGCCUCCCCAGUGCUGAGAUUUAAAGGCGAGCGCCACCAUCUCCUGGCAAAAGGAAUCACCUUUCUUACAGAUUUGUUAAAAGUCCUAUGCAACCCAAUAUCCUUAACUCCAGCCCCAGGGGAUCCCACGCCUUCCCCCUGGACCACGGUCGCAGCACACACGUGGUACCCACCACACAGACACAGACUCAAACAAAUGACAGCCUCGGACAUGGAGUCCUUGAGUCCUGCCCCGUCCGGAGCACGCAAAGGGCGUACACAACGUAGAGCAUCCUAACCUGGUGUCGGCUGCCGGCCCGACAGGGUUCAACUCGAGUGUCACUGUGAGGCCAAGACCCGGAAA